ACCUUGUCGUGGUGGGGGGGCUUACGUUUGGCACUCCAGCAACCCAGCUGUAGGACCAAACAAACUAAGAAAACCAAAAACAGAGAUGUUAUCUAAAUUAAUGAACAAUUAUGGAUAAAGUUGAAGAAGUAGAUAAAAAUCGAGUGGGGAUAUUCACUCAAGUGUCGGCAGAUGUCACGGCUGCCGGCGAGGGCUUGGUUUUGAAUAAAACUAAGUCGCCAGUGACAACAAACAAAAACUCAAAACAAUUAGGAACUAUUGGCGCUCCAUCCUGUAGCAGGCCUACUGCCGGUGGGGUUGAUGAGAUAUUCUCUGCGUAUCUCAUGAACCUCACCAACACUGAGGACGAAACUGUGGGAACUGGGGAGAGAGAGAUGUCGUCGGAUGAAGAGAAUCGUAUUCUCAAUGACGACGAAUUUCAAUCCCUACCCAGUUCAGACAGCUCGGACGCAGAUGUCACAGUGGCAGAAAACCCUGCGAUGGGCAUGGACAUUGACAACCCACUAGACAAAACUUUGGCCAAAACCCUGUCAUUGACAGGAGCCAAAGUUACGUCGACUCCGGACAAAAGGAACAGUGAACCUACCAAAGUCUGUAAGGAUGGCUCAGACCCCACAAAGGUGCUGAGAAACACCGGACCCGAACAGCGAUGCCCAAAAGGGCCUACAUCGACUCAUAAAGGAAAGGUGCAUCCAAAUAAGCAGAAUAAGGUAGGGGAGCCAACUCCAGAUCUCAAAAAGAUCGAUAAUGCGAGGAGAACCGUACGAAGAUAUGGCAGUGGUGACCAGAAGAAAUUGUGUCUGCGAGACUGGAAAAGAUUGAGUUGGGCCCGCAAACUUCUUGCGAAGUUCGAUGCUAAAAACGAAGCCCCAAGCGACACAAAAGAAAAGAAAAUAGGAAAGAAAAAUGACCAACAUCGCGCCUCCACCUCAAAAGCAGCUGCAGCCAGCAACCCAAGGGUGAUACCGGAAAACGGUCCCAAACACUCUAGGGUCCAAGAUGCUGGUGAAAGCAAUCGCCAAAAGAGAGGUAGGCAAAACGACACGUCGUCCCCGAAAGAAACUGACCCCAAGAAAUAUAAGUCGGCAAACAGUGCUCAAACACCCAUAAAUAUUCAGGCGGCAGUUAUCAAUGCAGGGAGCCCAGAAGGGAAACUAACCAACGAACAGUGGUCACAAGUGGAGGUUAAGCUUCUUGAAUUCGUCAACGAAGAGAUACUUGCCUCCACAGGUUUCGUUCCAACCUUCGGGCCACUAUCGACAGUAAAAGGCUUCAAGGUUCUUGCCUGUUGCGGUGAACCUACCCUGAACUGGCUCAGAGAUAAAGUGGGCUGCAUGAAGGGGUUAUUGGACGGAGUUACGCUUAGCGUUGCUCUUAAAGAUGACCUCCCCACCAGACCCAAAGUCCGUAUUAACGUACCGGGCCCCAAUAUCGACGAGACCACCCUUGAAAGGUACCUAAGAGCGCAAAACCCAAGCCUCCCCAGUGCAGACUGGAAAGUCAUGCAAAUGGAGGCACCUACAAAAUCAGGUCGGGAAGCAAUCAUCAUGCUCAACCAUGAAACCAUGGCUAUGUUACCAUCUUUAGACUUCCUUUUGAGAUUUGGCAUAAAUGCGGUAAAGGUGAGACCGGUAACGGCAGCCAACUUGCAAAAUAACAACAACAAUAACUAAAAACAAAAAUAUGAAAGUGUUGCAACUCAAUCUGCAACACAGCAAGUUGGCAUCUGCCACCCUAACCUCAUUUAUGUCAAAAAAUAAUAUAGACAUCGCCCUGGUGCAAGAGCCGUGGAUCAACAGCGGUAACAUCUGCGGACUUAAAUCCAAAGAUUUCAUUAUUUAUUGCAAAAAAGGGCCCACUGAAGCGCUGAUAUGACGACGGUCAAAUGUGAAAGAGACGGGGCCCAGCCCCUGAUCAUAACAUCCGUCUAUAUGCC